UUCACGCCCAUCCCUAGCCAAAACCAAAAAAAUAUGAUAAUAAUAAUAAUUUAGGAGAAAUCAAUUAAAUAUUAUAUCUAUAAUCUAUCUACUAAUUUGAGAUUAUUAUCUCAAAACUGAUGCUAAUUAUAAAUUUAAGAACGAAAUUAAGACAUUAUCCAAAGCUUAACUACAUGCUUAAAAUCUCUGUUAAAAACAAUGAACGGGAUUUAUUUAAACGAUGAUUCUGCUUGGAGUAUCUUAGUUCGUACUCCAUCACGCCCACACCACUUUCCAUUUCUUCCGUGGUACGUUGUCCGUACAAAACCCGAGUCACGAAAUAGUCUUGAAAUCUUCUAUUUUGCCCACAACAUCUGUCAUCGACUUCUUCACUCCCAUUUUCUCAGGGACACAAAAAACAAAAGAAAAAAAAAAAAAGAAAAAAAAAAAGAGAAAAAUCCCGAUCGAUUUGGUGUCGUUUUCUUUGAGGCCGUCAGAGAAGACGACCAUGAGCAAGAGCACGAUUACAAACCCUAAAGGAUCGGUGCCGUUGCAGAACAACGAGAUCGAGUGGGAGCUCAGGCCCGGAGGCAUGCUUGUUCAGAGGCGUGAAGACGAAGAUGAUGGCGAAACCGGUGCUUCGUCACUCGGGCCGAUGAUUAAGAUCACCGUUUCUAAUGGCAAGCACCAGCACGAGGUGUUUGUCCCUGCUCAAUCCACUUUUGGGGAUAUAAAAAAAUUUAUUUCCCAGAAGACUGGUUUGGAGGCCAAUGAGCAGAGGCUCUUGUUCAGGGGAAAGGAAAAGGAGGAUGAUGAGCAUUUGCACAUGGCUGGCGUGAAGGAUAAUUCAAAGAUUUUGCUCAUGGAGGACCCCGCAACCAGACUGAGGAAGGUGGAGGAGGUGAAGAAGAGCAAUGAGAUUUCAAAAGCAUCUGAAGCAAUUGCUGGAAUUAGAUCGGAGGUUUCUGCUUUGGAAGUGUCUGUCCGUGGUGGAACCAAGGUUCCUGAGAAGGAAUUUGAUAUAUCGACAGAGUUGCUGAUGAGGCAGUUGCUGAAGUUGGAUGGCGUUGAGGCUGAAGGAGAAGCAAAAUUGCAGCGGAAGGCUGAGGUACGUCGUGUCCAGAAUUUUGUGGAGGCACUGGACACUCUAAAGGCAAGAAACUCCAAUCCAUUUAACAACAAUAGCAAUGCUGUGUCAGUAACUACCAAAUGGGAGACAUUUGACUCUGGUGUGGGAAGCUUGAAUGCCCCACCCCCAAUCUCAUCUUCAACAAAAGUAACCCAGGACUGGGAACACCCACCCCCAAUCUCAUCUUCAACAAAAGUAACCCAGGACUGGGAACAAUUUGAUUAGUGUAAAUUUUGUUAUAGUUAUGGUUUGUAGAAUUCAUGUGGGACACAUAAUAUAAAGCAUGCACAAUUUUAUUUCUAUAGUCUUGGUGCUUCAUUCACAUUUCAAGUUUCAUUGUGUUACAAACUUGAUAACUACAAAGGAAUUUUACCUUUUAAUUGAGAACAAUUGAAUUGGUAGACAUUGGAUUCUUA